AUGACCGACCCACAAUAUGCAACGACUACAAGUAGUCUAAAAUCGCUAACGUCCGAGAUGGAUGCUCCACCCCCCACGCCAUCGUCUAGCACACUUGAACCACUUGACGCUGGUGAUGGUGUCUAUCCAUAUGCAACAACUAAUAGUCUACAAUUGCUCACGCCCGAGAUGGAUGCUCCACCCCCCGCGCCGUCAUCUAGCACCAGCAAACCACUUGAUGCCGGUGAUGACGUCUACCCUAUGCUGGCAGGGUCGUCACAGCAUCCUGAGAGAAAUCAUCGCCCUCGACCCUCCUUCACGCCAUAUUUCAUACCUGAACCCAGGGUCCUUCGGCCACCUGAGCCAACAGCUCCGAUGGCUGCCCUCGCUAUCCCAUCCACGAUUGCUGCCCCUGUUGCUUCACGGCCAAGCACACUGGUCCCUUUGUCACUCAAGUUUGUUGCUAUGCAGCCAGGAAUUACUGCUAGCGGAGUUGCACCAGCGGCCCCUGCCAUCUUUCCUGGUCCUGCUGCUGUGCAGCCAACUACACCAGCCCUCAUUAACGUCAAUUCCCUUGUCAAAAAACAGAUCCUCAAUUCUGCAAAAAGAAGAAUCUUACGAUUCUUCUUGACGGCAUCUGCAAUGGCCGGUACUGAUGGUGAGAGGGCGGCGCUUGUUUCUCGCGAUUUCAGAGUCGUCAUGCCAGGUAUGAAUGUUACAAUCCGAACGACAAGUAGUGAACGUCAGCAGGUGACAGCCGCCUGGAACGGCUGUUUUCGGAAGCUAUUGGACAUGGUACGGAGUUGUCUCGCCUUGGGCUACACUUUCUACCCCCCGCUAGAGUCCAAUCUCCAACCAGUCCAAUUUCGGGGUCGUGUCAUAACCGCAUUGAUUAACGACACGUUUACGGUCGACGCAAGCGGGCAUGUCACCAUACUUGACGGGGUUCUCGACAAUCCCCUGAUUUUUCAUGUUGCCGUUCAAUUCAUAUGGUGUAGCGACCUCGGUAUCUCACAAUUCCUCUCCACCUCGGCGUUACAUCGACAUCAACAACUCAACUACGCCUUUGGUGCUAUUGGUGCAGCUGUGAAAUUAGCGCUGCGGGAGCAGAUUCCCCAUCCACCAGUCAUCCUGCCAUUCACGCAACACGAAGGGAGUGAGACAUUCGAGGACAUUGUGCGCUACAUUGGCAACAUGGACGGUGUCCAGAGAAUUGCGUUCGACUAUCGGAAAUCUCAUAUGUUAAGCAUUGGGGACUCGCAG